GUGAGCAGUGGUGUGUAGAGCCAGCUCCGUCUUCCCGCCUGCCCACUCAGUGGCCGUUCCCUGGAGCCUCAGCAGAUCCCUCUUUCAGAACUCACUACCAGGAGCCUUGAACAGGAGCCACCAUGCAGUGCUUCAGCUUCAUUAGGACCAUGAUGAUCUUCUUCAAUACGAUCAUCUUUCUGUGUGGUGCAGCCCUGUUGGCAGUGGGCAUCUGGGUGUCCGUCGAUGGGCCAUCCUUCCUGAAGGUCUUUGGGCCGCUGUCAUCCAGCGCCACGCAGUUUGUCAACGUGGGCUACUUCCUCAUCGCAGCUGGUGCUGUGCUCUUUGCUCUUGGUUUCCUGGGCUGCUACGGUGCUCACGCUGAGAACAAGUGCGCCCUCAUGACGUUCUUCCUCGUCCUCCUCAUCAUCUUCAUUGCUGAGAUUGCAGCUGCCGUGGUCGCCUUGGUGUAUACCACAUUGGCUGAGCAGUUCCUGACGUUGCUGAUAGUGCCCACCAUCAAGAAAGAAUACGGUUCCCAGAAGGACUUCACCCAAGUGUGGAAUUCCACCAUGGAAGGGCUCAAGUGCUGUGGCUUCAACAACUACACGGAUUUUCAGGGCUCUCCCUACUUCACAAAGAACAAUGUCUUCCCCAAAUACUGUUGCUCUGACGAUGCCAGUAACACAAACUGCACAGAGGCGGAGGCCAAGAAAAAGGCCGUAAAGGGUUGCUUCAGUCAGCUUCUGCACGGCAUCCGAACCAAUGCAUUCGCUGUGGGCGGUGUGGCAGCCGGAAUUGGGGCCUUGGAGCUGGCUGCCAUGAUUGUGUCCAUGUAUCUGUACUGCCAUAUGAAAUAAGUCUGCUGCCUGCGCCACUGCUGCUGCCACAUAGGAACUGGGAAAAGGCACCCUAGCACUGCCAAACGGCAGUGAUCAGGGUGGGGACAGAAUCUAACACUGUCACUUGGGCUGCAGUGGGCCAGCCUUGCUGUUCUGGACUUGGGACCAUAUAGGGGCCACCUGGUCUCAGGCUGGCCUGACUUUUCCUUCCACUGGUGGGGUUGGGGCCCACCUGUUCCCGAACCUCUAAGGUAGCCAGUUCUGCCCAUUCUUCCAGGCCAUCCCUUAAACCCUUGACUCCCCCUCAGGCCAAGGCGGGGCUCUUGGUGAUCCCAGCACCCCACUGGGGGAUGAGAAAGGCACCCUACAGCAUGGGCACACACAAAAUCAGCAGUCACCAGGCAGAUGCGUGGAGGAACUUCAGAACUCAUAAACCAAUUAAAAUGUUUGCAUUUGGA